AUGAAAGUGUUUCCUCCCUGUCUGUUCUCCCAGGUUCCCCGGCUGCCGGACCGACCUGGGAAAGGCUCUUUCUGGGCGCUGCACCCUGACUCCGGGAACAUGUUCGAGAACGGCUGUUACCUCCGGAGGCAGAAGAGAUUCAAGACGGGGAAACAACAAGCCACCGGUACCGGGAAACAACAGUCCAACAGUACCGGGGAGAAGGAGGAGAAGGAGGAGUCAAGUGGAGGGAAAUCGAACUCGGUUACUUCAGAUUCUCCUCCUUCCCUACCUCCUUCCUCCUCUUCUCCUCCCGUGACCCUCAAAUCUCACCAGGAUCUCGACCCGGUGCAACAGCGUGUUCCUUCCCCUCUCGUGCACACUCCUCACCUGUAUCCGAUGCUAGUGCACGAGGCGUCUCACCUGAAACCAGACCCCCACCCCCACCACCAUUACCCCCCACACCUGUACUCCUUCAACCACCCCUUCUCCAUCAAUAACCUCAUGAACGAGCCGCAGCUCCACAGACUGGAGUACGGAGGAUAUGGAGGUCAAACGGGGGUCAAACAGGGACCGGAUAACGGAGCUAUGCCUGAUAACGGGAACUACUACCGGGGAGUUUACAGACCCCUCAUGAACUCCUGAAGUACUCUUUAAAAAAAAAAAAAGAAUUAAAAUCGUGGAUUUCUACAUUUGUGAAUGUGGGUUGCUAACCGAGUCUCUUAAAGUUAAA